GUGCAGCGAGGUAUGUGUUGAAGGCGCUCUUCAGUUAAACCGUUUAAAUGUGGUGUUAGUCUGUUCCGCGGGGCUCGGGCGGGUCCGCUGUGUCUGUAAAAAGCCCUAACGGCAUCUAAAAACCGUCAAUAUGCAGAACGACGCUGGUGAAUUCGUGGACAUGUAUGUCCCCCGCAAAUGCUCUGCUAGCAACAGAAUCAUUGCAGCUAAAGACCAUGCCUCUAUCCAGAUUAACAUUGCUGAGGUUGACAAGGUUACAGGCAGGUUCAAUGGGCAGUUCAAGACCUAUGCCAUCUGUGGUGCCAUUCGCAGAAUGGGUGAGGCUGAUGAUUCUCUUCUGAGGCUUGCAAAGACUGAUGGUAUUGUGUCAAAGAACAUCUAACUGCAAACAUGGACGUCUGGAGUUUCUUUGUAAAAUAAAAGUGAAAAACUGUA